GUACGCCGUUUGCGCCAUCGUUACGUCCACCAGAAGGAAAACCCAAGCCAACGACGACGGCACGGCCAAGAAACGGGGAGUGCCUUCCAAGGCGACCGCCCCCUCUCGCGCUCCAUACGUCCAUCCGUCGGCCCAGAGCCACAAGAUAACGCAGCCAAGAACAAGAGACACCGCCGAGCGAGCGAGGCGGGGAGAAGCAGGUCCAGGACCAGGAGAAAGGAAAAGGAAGCCCAGCUCUCUCUAGCCUGGAGCCGAGAAGCCGAGGGGGCGAAGGAGCAGCAAGGCAUGGAGGAGCCCGUUCCGGCUGAUCCCCCCAGGAUUUUCUGGAAGUCAAGGAGUUCAGGUUCAGCCAAUGGCCGGAGCCUGCAACAAGAGCCUGACAAAGACGCUACCGAGGAAACUAACGAGCAGGCUCAAGAGGAACCCAUGAAGACCGACGACGCAACGGACACAGCAGCAGCAGCAGCAGCUACAGCUGAGCCGUACCCGAAAGCUAACCUAUCCGAGAAGCGGAAGGCUCUCUUCGAGCCUCUCGAGCCGAUCAACGGCAAGCGCGGCGCUGCUGAGACGCUGCUCCCACCGCCGGACUUUGAGCCCGCGUCGUACCCCAAGGGGUGGCUGGUGGGCAAGAAACGCAAGCUCGUCAACGUAGACGUCGUGGAGAGCAUGCGGAGGAUUGCGAUCCAGGAAAUGAACAGAAAGGACCGUGAGAUCAAUGGGCUGAACGAGCAGCUAGAGGAAGACUCCCGCGUGCUGGAGCUUCUGCAGAAGCAGCUGGCUGACGAGCGCAGGAAGCGGACAGAGAUCGAGAAGGAGAACUCCAUGCUCCAUGAGCAGGUCACCAUGCUGAUGAACAUGCUCGACGAGAACGAGGGUUUCGACGAGGACGGAGAGGCCCCGCCGCCCGAUUCCUUCGAUUAAGCGUUGUUACAGUACUAUAUCCGUUUUCUUUUUCCCGUCAGUGUGAAAUCAUACGUCUCUAGGUGCUGGUUUCAGAGUAUCCGAGAGAUAUGGGCUAGCUGUGUAGUAGGAUUUCAUUGGUGGUCGUAUUCCAUUACAUGGCUUUGGCUUCUGUAGAUAAAGGGUGCAUUGCAUGUCUGUUGUACUGUACUGUACCUACUCCUUUUCUAGGCUUCAAAAGUGUAUGUGAGAAACUAGCAACAUGUUAUGUUUGAAUCGAAGUGUAUGUACAUGUUACUU